UGCACUCUCCCAAGAGAAAAAACAAACAAACUGUCUAGCAAUACACACCAAACUGAACAUGUGCAGAGUGUGUCCACAUAAUAUAUUUUAUCAGGAGAUAAGAGGGGGACACUGGAAGAAGGGGAGGAUCAGAGAAUACAGGAUUAAUCAGCCUUUUUACACAAUGCAGAGGAUUAACCCCUUAGGUUCCACAGUUAGUAUAACAAGCAUGCUUUACUGCCUAGGGGAGGACUGACAACUCAUGGGGCCCCCGGGCAAUAGGGGAUCAUGGGGCCCCUGUGUCCUUGCCCAAACUCAAAAAACCUAU